GAAACCAGAGGUUUUCCGCUUCCUUUCAUCAUGCAGUUGAAACAGUUGUUAAUAUGCUCAUGCCUCACAUCACCCAGAAGUACAGAGACAAUCCAGAGGCUUCCAAAAAUGCAAACCACAGCCUCGCUGCUUUCAUAAAAAGGUGUUUUACCUUUAUGGAUAGAGGUUUUGUUUUCAAACAAAUCAAUAACUACAUCAGCUGCUUUGCCCCAGGAGAUCCAAAGACACUCUUUGAAUUCAAAUUUGAAUUUCUCCGUGUAGUCUGUAAUCAUGAGCACUACAUCCCUUUGAAUCUACCAAUGCCAUUUGGAAAGGGCAGAAUUCAGAGAUACCAAGACCUUCACCUUGACUAUUCAUUAACAGAUGAGUUCUGUAAGAAUCACUUCUUAGUGGGAUUGCUUCUGAGGGAGGUGGGAAAUGCGUUACAGGAGUUCAGAGACAUCCGGCAGAUUGCAAUUAGUGUGCUCAAGAACUUGAUGAUAAAGCAUUCUUUUGAUGACAGAUAUGCUUCCAGGAGCCAUCAGGCACGAAUAGCCACUAUGUAUUUGCCACUCUUUGGACUGCUCAUAGAAAAUGUUCAGCGAAUCAAUGUCAAAGAUGUGUCUCCGUUUCCUGUUAACCCUUCCAGCAAUAGUGCAAAGGAUGAUGCACUUAAUUUGCCAACUGCAAGUCACCUAGUAACACCACAGAAGUCAGGAAACACAUUGGAUAACAGCCUUCCAAAAGAUCUCUUUGGUGUCAUCUCUGGCAUUGCUUCCCCAUAUACCACAUCAACUCCAAACAUCAAUUGUGUGAGGAAUGCUGACUCGAGAGGCUCUCUUAUAAGUACCGACUCAGGAAACAGUCUCCCAGAACGACAAAGUGACAAGAGCAAUUCCCUUGACAAGAGAGAGAAGCUUCUCAGAAGGCACUCUGCUCAUGCUAUGCGCCCCAAUGGAGAAGAAGAAGAAAAUUCCCACCCUGCAAAGAAAAACCGUGUCACUAUGGAUUUUUCACUUCUGACAAUUCCAACUUUGCCCGAGAAAAUUUUGCAUGCUGCUCUCUCUCUUCAGUUACCAGAAAAUCAACAGGCUGGCACUUUAGGAAGUUCCGUAGUUCGAUAUGACAAGCUUGACCAAGCAGAGAUCAAGAGUCUGCUCAUGUGCUUUCUUCAUAUCUUAAGAAGUAUGUCAGAUGAUGCAUUGUUUGCAUACUGGAACAAGGCUACAAAAUCUSAACUCAUGGAUUUUUUCACAAUUACAGAAGUAUGCUUACACCAGUUCCAGUACAUGGGAAAACGAUAUAUAGCCAGGAACCAGGAGGGGUUGGGAUCCAUAGUUCAUGAUCGAAARUCUCAGACAUUGCCUGUUUCCCGUAACAGAACAGGAAUGAUGCAUGCCAGAUUACAGCAGCUGAGCAGCCUGGAUAACUCUCUCACUUUUAACCACAGCUAUGGCCAUUCAGAUGCUGAUGUUCUUCACCAGUCUUUACUUGAAGCAAAUAUUGCCACUGAAGUUUGCCUUACGAUUCUGGAUACUUUGUCAUUAUUCACAACGGCUUUCAAGAAUCAACUCCUGGCUGAUCACGGGCAUAACCCACUGAUGAAAAAAGUAUUCGAUGUGUACCUUUGCUUCCUUCAAAAGAACCAGUCGGAAACAGCAUUGAAAAAUGUCUUCAUAGCUUUAAGGGCACUUAUUUUUAAGUUUCCUUCUACAUUUUAUGAAGGCAGAGCUGAUAUGUGUUCUGCACUGUGCUAUGAAAUUCUUAAGUACUGUAACUCCAAAUUGAGCUCAAUUCGUACUGAAGCUUCACAGCUGCUCUACUUCUUAAUGAGAAAUAAUUUUGAUUACACGGGGAAGAAGUCUUUUGUUAGGACACAUCUGCAAGUUAUUAUUUCAGUAAGCCAGUUAAUUGCUGAUGUUGUUGGAAUCGGAGGAACUAGAUUUCAGCAGUCCCUUUCCAUCAUCAAUAAUUGUGCCAAUAGCGACAGGAUUAUCAAGCACACUACAUUCCCUUCUGAUGUUAAGGAUUUAACAAAACGUAUCCGUACAGUACUGAUGGCUACAGCGCAGAUGAAGGAGCAUGAGAAUGAUCCAGAAAUGCUUGUGGACCUCCAGUAUAGUCUGGCAAAGUCUUAUGCUAGUACACCUGAGCUAAGGAAGACAUGGUUAGACAGCAUGGCAAGGAUCCAUGUUAAAAAUGGAGAUCUUUCAGAGGCAGCAAUGUGCUAUGUCCAUGUAGCAGCACUGGUGGCAGAAUAUCUCACACGAAAAGGCAUGUUUAGGCAAGGUUGUACUGCUUUCAGAGUAAUCACACCUAAUAUAGAUGAAGAGGCUUCGAUGAUGGAGGAUGUUGGAAUGCAAGAUGUCCACUUCAAUGAAGAUGUGCUCAUGGAAUUGUUGGAGCAGUGUGCUGAUGGACUCUGGAAGGCAGAGCGUUAUGAACUGAUUGCUGACAUCUAUAAACUUAUAAUUCCCAUUUAUGAAAAACGGCGAGAUUUUGAGAGGCUCGCCCAUCUGUAUGACACUCUUCAUCGMGCGUACAGUAAAGUAACCGAAGUCAUGCAUACAGGCAAGAGACUGCUGGGAACUUAUUUCAGGGUAGCUUUCUUUGGACAGGGAUUCUUUGAGGAUGAAGAUGGAAAGGAGUAUAUUUAUAAAGAACCUAAACUCACUCCUCUUUCGGAAAUUUCUCAAAGACUACAAAAACUCUACUCUGACAAAUUUGGAUCUGAAAAUGUCAAGAUGAUCCAGGAUUCUGGCAAAGUAAAUCCUAGAGAUUUAGAUUCAAAGUAUGCCUAUAUUCAAGUUACUCAUGUAAUUCCCUACUUUGAAGAAAAAGAGUUGCAAGAAAGAAAAACAGAUUUUGAGAGGACUCACAACAUCCGUCGUUUUAUGUUUGAGAUGCCUUUUACUCAGGCUGGUAAAAGGCAAGGAGGAGUGGAAGAACAGUGCAAGCGACGGACUAUUUUGACAGCUAUCCAUUGUUUCCCAUACGUGAAGAAGCGCAUUCCUGUCAUGUACCAGCACCACACUGAUUUGAACCCAAUUGAAGUAGCCAUUGAUGAAAUGAGUAAAAAGGUUGCAGAACUCAGGCAGCUUUGCUCUUCAGCYGAAGUAGAUAUGAUCAAAUUGCAGCUGAAGCUCCAAGGAAGCGUGAGUGUUCAGGUUAAUGCUGGUCCAUUAGCAUACGCAAGAGCUUUCUUAGAUGACACAAACACCAAAAGAUAUCCUGACAAUAAAGUGAAACUACUGAAGGAAGUUUUUAGGCAAUUUGUCGAAGCUUGUGGACAUGCUCUGAGUGUAAAUGAACGACUUAUAAAGGAAGAUCAGUUGGAAUACCAAGAAGAAAUGAAGGCUAAUUACCGAGAAAUGGCAAAGGAGCUGUCUGAAAUAAUGCAUGAACAGAUUACCCCUGUUGAAGAAAAGACCAGUGUAAUGCCGAAUUCGCUGCACAUUUUCAACGCCAUAAGCGGAACACCAACAAGCACAACAGUUCAUGGGAUGCCCAGCUCUUCAUCAGUUGCAUGAUAGUUUUGUAAAGGAAAGUACGCCUYGGUUUUUGUUUUUAAGUCUGUGGAUUUGCUUCAUCGUUUGCAAACUCAGGAGGAAUUUGAAGCUACAUGUGGGGCACGUGCAAGCUGCGUCAUGCCUACAGAAGCCUGAGCACUCUUAAAUCUCGGGGCAGGCAGUGAUCAGCUAAUGCAGUUAGUGGUAAUAGCCUUUUAGAGUAAGUAAAGGGGGGUGCACAUGUAUUUUUUUAAUUCUGCUAGUAACAUUUAAAAACAUUCAUGAYGUCAUCGCAGAAGUGCGUGUUGGGAAAUUAAAAAAGUGGAAGUUAAUUUUCUUUUUCAUUAGGAAGUAUUACUAAAAUGAAUUGCACAUUAUAAAAAUUGUCGUGGGAUGUAGUUUUGCAGAUAUGUAACAUUCAGAUGUUCUUUUUGUGUAUGGCACAGAGAUUGAUUCCAAGGACAAGAACUAUUUUGGGAUGAGACAGAGACACUAGUUUUAUGGGUUUAAUGGAACUGACAACUGUAGCUUUUGUACCAUUUGCAAAUCGUUGUGCUUUAUUUUAUACCUCGUUGCAUUUUGGAAGUAUGUGAGCUUAAAUCUUACUAAACAACUAAAUACAACCAAAGGUCUGUAUUAAUGAACACCAAGCUAUACUAAAAUAUCAAUAGUAGUUAAUUGCUGUGUACAUAUUGUUUGUUA